CUUGCCUGCCAUUGUUUGGAUUCGAACAAGGGGUAGUAGCGAAACACAACACACCGUUCGGAAGAAUACCAAAACUCCGGGGAUGGAGGAAGGUCGGCAACAAUUUCCUUCUGGGGACACCCACGGGAGCGAUGUUCGCGUCCCGUCGGAUGGCAAACGCCCCAGCCAACACGGGAACAACGAGGGAGGCAGACGUAUUCCGAGCUACCAGUCCGAUCAGAAGGAUCGGCACGAAAUCUACCGAGAGCGUCUCGGCGAUGCAUCCGGUGGCCACGGCGGGAGGAGGGAGGAACCGAGCAACAGAGGAUACCGCACGAAAGAGCCGCCACUCAGGUCGCUGUCGUCGCGACGGGAAACUCCUUCUGCAAGCCACCAGAGAGGCAACGAAGGCGGCACCGAAGAACGAAGACCCAGAAACAACGACGGCUGCCACGACUCUCGGCGAGCAAACCCAGCAGGUAGCUGCCAAAAUAACGAAACAAGAACAUACUUCGUUCAUAUUUCUGCAAUCAUUGGUGUCUUCUAACGAAUCGCAUUCGUCGCUUCGCUUCUUAUUGCUCCUGUGACACAACUCUCUGUCUGCUUUUUAUGUGACAAAAAGUGAACGCCCGCAGAAGCUGGGGUGGCGACCAUCGUCGCCACUACCGUGACCACAGCGGCGAUUACAAUCACAACGGUGGCGACACCAAUCGGUAUGAUUCCAGGCGACGGUACGAUCGCCACGGCGACGGAGAACACGAACAUGCCGACGAUCGCUAUCGGCGCGACUCGGUGGGACGGGGUAGGAGGACGGGCGACGGCAGAGACCAGCGAUACGGCGAUCGGUACGACGAGUUUGGGAGGCGGGGAAGAGGGCGCAGCAUCGACGACGACGACUUUUGCUACGGCGACAAAGGCGACCGCCGAAAACGGUCGGACAGCGGCUAUUGCUCGGACGAGCCGUUCGAACGCUCCCGCCGCGACGGAAGAAGGACUUCGGCUGGUCGUCGCGACGGUUGGGAACGCCCACGUUCUCGUUCCAGAGACUACAAAACCGAUGGUGACUACGAUUAUGAUCGUGAUCGCGACAGCAGCGACAACGACAACUGCGAAGAAACCUCGAAGAAACGCGAACCAAAGGAGAAAGAACGCGAGUGGCCGCCGUCCUUUCAAAAGGAUGGAUCCGCAUUCACCUUCGAUACUCGUUCUGCCAUGUUCUACGAACCGCUCUCAGAUUUCUUUUACGAUCCAAAGAGCAAACUGUACUACGGGAACAAGAAAUCCGCCUAUUUCCGUUACGACGUAGCGGAAGAUCCACCCUUUGUACAGGUGAAAAAGAUGACGGCCGAAGAAGUAGAGGAACAACACCGAGGAGACGGGGGAGGCUUUUCCCAAGAAAAACUGGCGGUCAGCGACCGGGCAUCGGCGGUGGUGUCCAAACCGAAAAUCGCCAUCAAGCUAAAGACCAAAAAGGUCAAGUCGUCGAAAGCCACCGCGAACACCGAGGGGAGCAAUCACCAGCCUGGUGCUGGGACUGUUUCCAGAGCGAAACAAGAGCAAAUAGCAAACAUCGGCAAGUGGACCGAGAAACAGGCAGAGCUGAAGCAGACCGAACCCGGUGCCGACACUUCUCGAACCGCUCCUCCGGCACCGCGGCAAGGGGAAGGAACCGAUACAGCGUCCCCAAAGGUUCGCACCACGGCCAAGGGCGAGCCGAUCUGCCUCCUUUGCAAGCGCAAGUUUCCGGACCUAGCAAAGCUCCGGCUUCACGAAAGAGCCUCCGAGCUCCACAAGAAAAACCUGCAGAAAUUCCGGGAGAAGAAAAAACGGCAGCAAAACGAUGCGUCGGCGAAACGAAAGCCGGAAGGUAGCGAAGCCAGCGCUGCGGGUACAAAUGCCGCCCCGGUUGCCAACGAAACCGUAUACACGGACCGCGCCAAAAAACGGAGGCAGCUGCACGGAGUGGAGCUGUGCGCUUCGGCAAACGGGCUGCCCUCGCUGGGCCGAACGGGCGAGAGAAAGGAACCGCCGCCGGAUCUUCCUUCCCCCGCGCAAGCCCCCGGAAGCGAUCUGUUCCAGGAAUCCAAUGUGGGGAAGCAGAUGCUCCAGAAACUAGGGUACAAGUUCGAUUCGGUCCCACCCGGUUCGAACCCGCCACAGCAGGAACAGGAACAGCAAACGAUGGUUUCCGAUGCUAGCACGAAACCCAGAACCACGAACGAGCACCUUCGCAAAGAAUGGGAUCGCAUAGAAGCCUUGGCCGCUGCUAAGUCAAAAUCUCGCUAUCCAUCGAAACACUAGGUUGCAGAUGCCAAGUUCUUGCAGAUGCACGUCAUUAUGAGUCACCUUGCCAUCCGUCGAUUAAAAACAUAGUUCCUGUCCUAACCAGGGGUGCUCGUGUGUGGCGGUGAUACUACUCUCCAGUGCGUUCGGGUCUCAGCUUUGACCUAGUACUAGUAGUCCAUCGACGUUUCUUCUUGAAAGGCUAGCUUUGGUAGUUUUACUCUACUCGCUUUCGUAGAACUAUGAGUCUUGCACCAGUGCCACGACUUCAUUUGUUAGCAAAGAUAAUGAUGCAAUUGCCGAUUAAUAAUAUUAUGGAUACAAA